GGGCUGCCGCAGCUGAAGCUCGGAGUGUGCUGGGGCAGCUGUGCUAAUCAGACACAAGUCAGGUUAGACCAGUGUUGCUGCUCUUCUCCUGAAUCUCCUGCUGGAUUAAACACAACCUCCUCAGUCCCGCCGGAGUCGAGAUCAGUGCACCGGCUGCUUCUGUCUCUUCUAAGAGCUCUUGUGUGCCACACUCACUACUGUCAGGAUGGACAUGCGGCUGCAGGCAAGGAUGCUGCACUCAGUUCCUUGGGUUAUCUUCAGUGGGCUGACUGUUCUCUGCCUCCUGCAAGGAGUGCCGGUGCGCAGCGGGGAUGCCGGUUUGCCAAAAGCCAUGGACAACGUCACGGUUCGACAAGGGGACAGCGCCAUCCUCAGGUGCACAGUAGACAACAGAGUGACACGAGUGGCCUGGUUAAAUCGUAGCACCAUCUUGUACACUGGCAAUGACAAGUGGUCAAUCGACCCCCGUGUGGUGAUUCUGGCCAACACAAAGAGUCAGUACAGCAUUGAGAUCCAGAAUGUGGACAUUUAUGAUGAGGGAGCCUACACCUGCUCUGUGCAGACAGACAAUCAUCCCAAAACCUCUCGUGUACAUCUCAUUGUGCAAGUUCCCCCUCGAAUUGUUGAUAUUUCUUCAAGUAUUGCUGUUAAUGAAGGCAGUAAUGUCAGCCUGAUAUGCAUUGCAACUGGGAGACCUGAACCUGUAUUUAAUUGGAGAUACUUGUCCCCUAAAGCAAGGGGGUUUUUAAGCGAAGAUGAAUACCUAGAAAUCACAGGAAUCACAAGGGAACAGUCUGGAAUUUAUGAAUGCAGUGCAUCCAAUGAUGUCUCAGCUCCAGAUGUCCGAAGGGUUAAAUUAACAGUUAAUUACCCACCAUACAUUCUGGAUGCACAGAAUAUCGGGGCUCCCCUGGGCCAUCAAGGUAUUUUGCAAUGUGAAGCCUCUGCUGUACCUGCAGCCGACUUCUUCUGGUACAAGGAAGACAAAAGGCUAAGUGAUUCUUGGAGGGGGGUCAAAGUAGAGAACCGAGAGACCAUUUCACGUGUUACAUUCCUCAACAUUUCAGAACAGGACUAUGGAAACUACACGUGUAUGGCAAAGAAUCUACUUGGGCACAGCAAUGCCAGUAUUAUUCUGUUUGAAUUAUUCCAGUCCACCAGCUCACCCUUACUGCAAGAAGAGUCCACAGCGGCCUUGACCCCCCUUAAAGGACCUGGAGCAGUUCAUGAUGGGAAUAGUGGUUCACCUCAGUGCCCCUUCUGUGCUCCCCUGUUUCUCCUCCUCCUGCUGCUGCUUCCUUUUUCUCUUCUGCUUCCCCCUGCUCAGUUUUGACACAUGCAAAGAGUCAUGAAAGAUCCUCAGGGGAGGGCAACUAAGAAACAACAACAACAAGUCUAAAGUCAACAAAUAAUAAUAAGAAUUAAAAAAAAAUCUGAUGAUGCAAAAUAUAUGGAGAAAAAAAGAUGAGAAAAGAUUUUUUUUAAAGUGGGAUAAUUAAAUCAGUAAACAUCAACUGCACCUUCUUGUUUGAAGGGACUGAUGCAGGAAAAGACCAGAGGCAGAGCUGAGGACUGUGCUGCACCAGUUAACAUGCCAAAAACUGGCAACCAUGGAAAAUCAUGUGGCUUUGUCCUACAUCAAAGAGCAUCCUGAACAGACCAUGACUUACCCCCAUCAAAAAACCAUGGAGUUUUCUGCUUCAUUUAAUCACCCAAGCUUUAUAUCCCUUUCACUGAUGGGUGGGGAUAGCCAACAUAGUAUUGCUCAACCUUUUUCAUGAUCAAGAUGCCUGCAGAGAAUAGCUCAACCUUACACAUUUGCUGGAAGGGCCAGCAGAGCAAUACUUAACCUUUCCCUGUUUCUGAGAGAGAUGUACAACAGGAUAUCUUUCUCUUCAGCAAGAUAAGGGUUAAUGGAGCUACAGCCAGCAGGUUUCUUUCAUAGGAAAAGGAUUGCAUUUCUUUUGCUGGAUUGUGUUGGUUGUCAGCGUGGAAUGUGUGCUGUAAUGUAGAAUGCUGUACUUGAAAUACUGUCUAAGAUGGAUGAUUUUCUUCAUAAAGUAUAUAAGUUGGAAAUGGUACAACAUAGACAAUUUCAGUGAGAAAUGUGUACAUAAUUCAUAUGAUAUAAUUUCUUGAGUUAAAUACACAACUUUUUCCUCUUAGCUUUCCUUCAUGGAUUAUAAAUGUAUUUGAUCCCAUUAAAUUAACCAGAUGGAUAUGAAUAAAUGUACAGUGAAACAAAUGUACUAAAGUAUGAAUCCAGUUCUACUUGGCACAAACUAUUGUAGGGCUGGUUGUGUAGUUUGAAAAGGUUGAACUUGUAAUGCAUUUGAUGGAUAUGAUAACUAUAUGGCCUUAAACUUCCACAAAUAAGCACAUGAAGCAGGUGUGGGAUCUCACAGGUUAAAGCUUUGCUAUGUAUACGACAAUUAAUUAAAUGCAGAGAAUAAUCCCAUUCUCUAUACAUUUUAAAGAUGUAAGAUGUGAACUUGACUGCAAAAUGAGUACUAGGUUUUACCACCAGAUUCUCAAAUUAAAAAAAUUCUCAUCUC